AUGUAAAAGUUGACUGAUAAACAAAAAGAUAACCCAUUUGUACAGAAAGAUACAAGUAGAGAGGAGGAAAUUGAAAAUGAUGGCAAAAUUCGUAAAGUAAGAAGUCCUUCCAGCGUGGCUGACCUAAAUGAUUUGAGAUCUAAUAGAAGCCAACAUAGUGGAAAGAGUGUAAGAAGUGCAAGAAGCUCAAAAUUAGGGAUUAAUUAAAGUGGAAAUGAAGAGCAGAGGAAAAAACCUCCUCGGAAAUUGAAUAGUGUAAUAAUGGUUAGACUGUCGAAAUUGCAAAACAUAAAAUAAACACCUGCAUAUUAAAAAUUGAUUUCUUAAUUGAUAGAAGGAUGGACAUUCUCAAUAAUUAUGGCCAUAGUUACACUCUAUGCUUUAUUUGGGGAUGAUAUAAGAAUUUUAUCUGUUAAUAAAACAGAAGAUGACAUCUUUUUCAUUCUAACUAUAAUAAGUAUGUCUUUUUUCUCACUUGAAAUAAUAUUGACAUCUAUAAUAAAUCCAAACUAUAUUUUGAAUGUAUGUAAUUAGUUCCUAUUGAUUUUAUUAGUUUUACUUCUUUUUGGAUGUAAUUUCGACAGCAACAAUGAUAUUAGAUAUUGGUUGGAUAACUGACUUAUGGUAUGGGGAAGAAGGUGAUAUAGGAAAUGCUACAACAAUAAAGGCAUUAGGGAGAGCAUCAAGAGUGGCUAGAAAGGCAGCAAGAGUGAUUCGAAUAAUUCGUUUAGUAAGAUUAGUAAAAUUAUAUAAACAUGCGAGAUAAUAAUAUGAAAAAGAACAAUAAAAAAAAAUUCUUUAAUAGAUUCUAAAAUAAAACAAACUUAUAAGUGAAGAAAAUUAAAAACAACAAUAAUAAAAUAAUGUUACUCCUUAUCAUAAACAAUAUUUAAUGUAAAGAAAUUCUUCUUAUCCGUCUCCUCCUCCAUCAGGUAGAUUGUAUUUAAAAUCUAAUGAAGAUGCCUAAGAACUUAAUGAAUAAUAAAAGUUAGUUACUGAAUGUAAAUAACCUUACAUUGGACUUAUACAACCAUAAUAAACACCUUAAAAUAAUUAAAUAGCAGUUUCAUAAAUAUCUGCUCAAUCUAAUCAACAAUUAAAUCAACCAAAUUAAAAUACACCAAAUAUAAUCAAUGAAUAAUUAAAGUCAAGUUAAUUAUCUUCAAUGAGCAAUGAAAAUAUAAAAGAAAGUAAUGUUGGAACUAAGUUGUCUGAUUUAGUAAUGAGAAGAGUCAUAGCAAUAGUUUUAUCCAUUUUAAUAAGUAUUCCAGUUUUAUCUCUUGAUACAUAUUAAGAAACUAUUAAUUCUUAUGAUUCAGGUAUCUUUAGAAUUGCAUAAUUUAAAGACAAUUAUAAUAUUGUUUUAAGUUUAACACAAUAAUAUGUCAAAUUCCAUUAAGAUGAAAUUUAUCCUAUUCUUGCUGUUUUUGUUUAAAGACAAAAUGUAACAGACAAUUCUCCUAAACUUAAUGAUUCAAAUUUCAUAAUAUUCAAUUAUUCUCAAAAUCAUAAUUGGUUCAAAGAAACAAGUUAUAAUAUAGAUGAAUAUAGAUAAUCAGAUAAAUAAUAUUUUGCAGCAAUAGAUUCCAAUGAUUUUUUAUCAACUUGUUCUGUGGCUGAUUUAGUUGAUUAUAAUAAAACUAAUGCUAUUCUUUCAAUCUUUUAAACUAUAUUUGUAUGUAUAGUCUUAGCAGCUAGUGCAGUUUUAUUUAAUAAAGAUGUCAAUGAAUUAGUGAUAGAACCAAUAGAAAGGAUGAUGGAAAAGAUAGAAUUAAUAGCCUAAAAUCCUUUAGAAGCAGUUAAUAUUGAAGAAUAAGAAGAUUUGAUAAUGGAACAAUUAGAAAAAGAUGAAGAUGAUGAAAAAAUUAAGUAGAAAUAUAUUGAAAGGAAAAUGGAAACUUAUUUUCUUUAGAGAUUAAUUAUGAAAGUAGGUGCAUUAUUAGCUGUAGGAUUUGGUGAAGCAGGUUCUGAAAUAAUAGCAGAAAAUAUUAAAAAAGGAGGUAGUGUUGAUCCUAUGUUACCUGGUAAAAAGAUUAUGGCUAUCUUUGGAUUUUGUGAUAUUAGAAAUUUCACUGAUGCUACAGAAGUAUUAUAAUAAGAUGUCAUGGUAUUUGUUAAUGAGAUUGCUGAAAUUGUUCAUUCUACUGUUGACAGUUAUGGAGGAUCUGCAAAUAAAAAUAUAGGUGAUGCUUUCCUUCUAGUUUGGAAAUAUUUUCCUAUGGAAUAUCAUCCAGAUCCUUAAUAUCCAUAAAAACUUAUUGUUCGAACUGAACAUCAUAUUAAGUAAAAGGGUGAUAUGGCAGUAUUAUCAUUCUUAAAGAUUAUUACAGCUAUUUCAAUUUCUAAGAAAUUAGAAAAGUAUAAGAAACAUGCUGGAUUAAAUGCUAGAAUGAAGGAUUACUCUGUAAAAAUGGGAUUUGGAUUACAUAUGGGAUGGGGUAUAGAAGGUGCUAUUGGAUCUUCGUUUAAAAUUGAUGCAUCUUAUCUAAGUCCAAAUGUUAAUUUGGCAUCUAGAUUAGAAGCUGCUACUAAAUAAUUUGGUUCUAUCAUUUUAAUAAGUGGUAUCUUAAAAUAGCAUCUCACAGAAGAAUGCUAAAAAUAAUUAAGACUUAUAGACAUUGUUACUGUUAAAGGAAGUAUUGAACCAGUAGAGAUUCAUACUAUUGAUAUGUCAAUCAAGAAUCUACUUGCUAAGACUAAAGAAUUAUAGGAUAAAUUUGAUGUCAGUAAAAUGAAUUAACAAGAAUAAAAAUAAUUUAGAGUUCUUAAUAGAUUCAAGAGAAACUAACUUUAAAAAGAUGUAUCUAAGGACAAAAUAAAUAUUGCAGAUCAAUUUAAAAUUGAUGAAGAAAUCAUUUAUGCCAGAGAACCUUACACCUAAGUAAUUUUUAAUUUAUCUUUACUUUUAGGAAUUUUAUUAGACUUGGUAAGAAGGAUUUAAAUUUUACAUAAAAGGCCAAUGGGAUCUUGCUUAAUCUCUAUUUUCUAAAACUUUGGUAUGAAUUCAUGUUUAACUUAAAGUAUAUGAUUCCUGAUCACAAGGAUGGGCCUUCGAAUACUCUUUUAGAUGUCAUACAUUCUAAUGCAGGUAAAGCUCCUCAUGAUUGGAAAGGAUACAGAGAACUUACAGAAAAAUGA